AUGAAUCGACCGCGUUCCGUGUCCCGCCACCCCUCACUCAGGCCCAAAGACGAAAGCGUCUCGCCCACACGCUCCAGAUCCCGCCCCCCGUCUGCUGCCUCCUCUUACAGAGACUCUGACCGCCCCCGAUCGCGGCCUCGUGCGCCGCACGCUCACCGAAAUCGGGAGCAAGUCACCAGCGGCGGCGGCAGCAGCAGCAGCAGCAGCGGUCUCUCCAGGUCCGCCGGCGUGUUGGCUGGUAUUGGCAUUGCUGCGCUGGUCGCCCGCAGGCUCUGGCCCAAGAACAACGGCGCGGAUGAGAAGAAGGAUCGGAGCAGUGACGGCGGCCGCGGGGCAAAGGACCAGGCGGCGGCGCCGCGGGGCCGUGACGUCGAGCGCCGCGCCCAUCGCCCGGGGGGCAACGUGCCCAGCCGGGAGCAUGGCCAGGGGAGGAGGCUUGCGAUGAGGGCCGAGUAUCCUCCAGACUACCAUCUGCGAGAGCCCCGACGGAGAAGCAUGGAUCGUCGCAGUCGGGGUAGCCAAGAUGCUCAGAGUCAAAUGCAAUCGAGCUCGGGCUACGGUCGCAGGUAUAGUUAG